AUGGCGGACAUCGUAAAGCAAAUGCUGGCAAAGCCCAUCCAAUACGCCGACGAAGUAACCAAAAUCGCGGACCAAGCCAGCUCCUUCCGCGCCGAAUGCCUCGAAAUCAAAUCCAAAACGGAGCGCCUCUCCUCCCUCCUCCGCCAGGCCGCCCGCUCCUCCGGCGACCUCUACGAGCGCCCCACCCGCCGCAUCAUCGACGACACCUCCCAAGUCCUGGACAAAGCCCUCACCCUCACCCUCAAAUGCACCUCCCGCGGCCUCCGCCGCCUCCUCACCAUCAUCCCCGCCGCCGCCCUCCGCAAAACCGCCCAGCAGCUCGAAAACUCCAUCGGCGACCUCUCCUGGCUCCUCCGCGUCUCCGCCACGUCAGCCUCCUCCUCGGACGACAACGACACCUACCUCGGCGGCCUCCCUCCCAUCGCCGCUAACGAGCCCAUCCUCUGCCUCAUCUGGGAACAGAUCGCAAUCCUCUGCUCCGGCAAUCUCGAAGACCGCGCAGACGCUGCAGCUUCACUCGUCUCGCUUGCGCGGGACAACGACAGGUACGGAUCACUCAUUAUUGACGAGGGCGGCGUUCCUCCGCUUCUCAAGCUCGCUAAAGAAGGGCGGGGCGAGGGGCAGGAGAACGCGGCACGGGCGAUAGGGCUGCUUGGACGGGACACGGAGAGUGUGGAGCAGAUUGUGAAUGCGGGGGCUUGUCAGGUGUUUGCCAAGAUAUUGAAGGAGGGGAAUAUGAGGGUGCAGGUUAUGGUGGCGUGGGCGGUGUCGGAAUUAGCCGCGCACCACCGCAAGUGCCAGGAUCCGUUUGCGCAGAAUAAUAUUAUUCGGUUGCUUGUGAAGCAUCUCGCGUUCGAGACGAUACCCGAGCAUAGUCGGUACACGAUACCGACCAAGCAGUCCAUUCACUCCAUCGUCAUGGCUAAUAAGCCCGCCGAAAGUGGUAAUAUCAGUAAAUAA